AUGGCGGACGCAGGUGUGAAGCCAAUGGACCAGGGGCAGGUAAUCCUCUUCACAAUCGCGAAGAUCAUCGGUGUGCUUGCCUCGAUCUACUUCUUCUUGAUGGGAUUGGACAUGAUGGGCAGCUCCUUCCUUGUGCUGGGAGGCAAGGGUGCUGGUGACCUGUUUACCAUCGUUGACAAUCCGAUCACAGGUUUGAUGGUGGGCAUCUUGGCGACAGUCCUGGUUCAGUCUUCCUCCACGAGCACCUCGAUCGUGGUGGGCUUGGUUGGUGCCGGCCAGGUUUCCGUGAAGUAUGCCAUUCCUAUCAUCAUGGGUGCCAACAUCGGCACGUCCGUGACGAAUACCAUUGUGUCCAUGGCACAUGCCGGGGAGCGUCUUGAGCUUGAGCGUGCCUUCUCCGGUGCUACAGUUCAUGACAUGUUCAACUUCCUCAGUGUCCUCGUCUUGCUGCCGGAGGAGAUCAUCAUCGGCGCCAUUGCCGGGGAUGGUGGGCUGUUGUAUUACAUCUCGAAAGGCAUCACAGAGGCUGUAGUGGGACCGGAAACAGAUGUCACAUUCACGUCUCCGACAAAGUUCAUCGUUUCCCCUUUAACGGAUCUUUUCGUGGACCCGAACAAGGAUGUGACGAAGUCGCUUUCUUUGGGUGCACCCAAGGCCCAUGCCAUGCCGACCGGCCUGACGGGCAGCUGCCCGAGCACCAUGGCUGACAAGUUCUAUGCGACGUCCAUCGAGGGCGGCACUAUCUUGGACGGAGGUGCCUUCUCCGGCAUGGGUGAUGUUGCCGGCGGCAUCGUGGGGUUGAUCUUCUCGCUGAUCAUCGUCACCGGCACCCUGUUCUGUUUGGUGAAGCUCCUGCACAGUCUCAUCAUGGGCACGGCCAAGAAGGUGAUCAUGCGUGCCACGAACAUGAACGACUACGUGGCAAUCCUGGUCGGCCUGGGCAUCACGUUCAUCGUCCAGUCCAGCUCUGUGACGACUUCCACCCUGACUCCGCUCUGCGGGGUUGGCGUGCUGCCCGUGCACAAGAUGUUCCCGAUGACUCUUGGGGCCAACAUCGGUACGACAUUUACCUCCAUGUUGGCGGCCAUUGCGGUCAUGAAGCCGGACAGCUUGCAAAUCGCCUUCGUGCAUCUCCUCUUCAAUAUUAUUGGUAUAUUGAUUUGGUUUCCAGUACCUUUCAUGCGCCGAAUCCCCAUCAAGGCCGCCUGCCUGCUGGGCUUCUAUGCCUCCUACUGGCGCCUGGUGCCCCUGAUUUACAUCUUGGUGAUGUUU